AUGCAGAACACAGGGACGCAGGUGAGUGUGUGUGUGUCUGAUAUUACAACUUCAUUGUGCAGUGCUACAAAACUACAAUGUGACCACAUUUAUGUGAUCUAUGCAGGUGAUUUUAAGACUGAAGUCGCACUUAAUGCUGAACAAACAAAUUAUCUGUAUGUAAAGAGUCAGCGGGAAGCUGUGCAGCAGGAAAUCUGUGAAAAUAUCAGUACAGGUGAUGUUAAGACUGAAGUUACACUUAAUGCUGAACAGACUAAUGAUCUGUAUGUAAAUAGUCAGCGGGAAGCUGUGAAGCAGGAAAUCAGUGACAAUAUCCGUACAGGUGAUCUUAAAACUGAAGUCACACUUAAUGCUGAACAAAAAAAUGAUCUGUAUGUACAGAGUCAGCUGGUAGCUGUGAAGCAGGAAAUCUGUGACAAUAUCAGUUCAGGUUAUGUGAAGACUGAAGUUACACUUAAUGCUGAACAAACAAAAUACCUGUAUUUAAAGAGUCAGCAGGAAAUCAGUGACAAUAUCAGUACAGGUAGUUUCACAAACUCCAGUAAGCCUAGUCAUGGUCAAAGUGCAGAUGCUUCUUGUGAUCUUCUUCAAAAAAGUUACGUAGAAAAUUUAUGUACUGAAUGUGGGAAUUGUUUUACCAAGAAAUUACAACUUACUGAACAUAAAAUGCAUAUAGGAAAGAAAUCCUUUUCAUGUUCUGAUUGUGGGAAAUGUUUUAACUGGAAAUCAAAUCUUACUGAACAUAUAAAGAUUCAUACAGGUGAUAAAUCAUUUUUAUGUUCUGACUGUGGGGAAUGUUUUACUUUGAAAUCAUCUCUUAUUACACAUCAGCAAAUUCAUACAGGAGAGGAAGCAUUUUUGUGUUCUGAAUGUGGGAAAUGUUUUGCUCUGAAAAAAUCUCUAAAUAAUCAUCAGAAAAUUCAUACAAGAGGUAAAGCAUUUUUGUGUUCUGUAUGUGGGAAAUCUUUUAACUGGAAAUCAAAUCUCAUUGACCAUGUGAAAAUUCAUACAGGUGAUAAACCAUUUUCAUGUUCUGUAUGUGGGAAAUCUUUUACUCAGAAAUCACAUCUCAUUACUCAUCAGAAAAUCCAUACAGGAGAGAAAGCAUUUUUAUGUUCUGAAUGUGGAAAAUGUUUUGCUCUGAAAACAACUCUUAAUAAUCAUCAGAAAACUCAUACAGGAGAGAAAGCAUUUACAUGUUCUGACUGUGGGAAAUCUUUUACCCUAAAGGGAAAUCUUCUUACACAUCAGAAAAUUCAUAUUAAAGGACAUUGGGGGAAUCUAAGCUGAACCUCUUAAAUGCAGAGUGCAACGCAUAGUUGUCAUCAGCAUAAUGUCUAAAGUGCUGAUGAUGACUACAUGUUGUCCUCUGGGGUGCACACUUUCAGAGCUUUUUGAGGCACCGUUUGUACCUAAAGCAGUUAUGAGAUGGCCCAGUGUGUUUGUCAUCCCAUAAUGUCUGAGGUUAUAGGUUUGAAUAACCAAGUAAUCACCUAGCAUAAAUAAAAACAGAAUUUAUGC